AUGGCAAGUGUAGGCGCUAGCAACCACAAUCCUUCAUCAUCGUAUCAGUGGGAUCCUACUCUAGAUAAAGCCAAUGAUGAAAAGCCCAAGCAUACGUGUGUCCUACGGAUUAAAAGAGAUUUAGCAGCGAUAUUGACGGAUCCACCUCCCGGAAUGUUUAUUGUACCGGAUGACGACGAUAUUACGAAGAUGCACGCUUUAAUCCUUGGACCUUUCGAUACACCUUAUGAAGGCGGAUUCUUUUAUUUCUUCCUAAAAUUUCCAGUGACUUAUCCCAUCGAACCACCCAAAGUAAAACUGAUGACCACUGGUGAAGGCUUAGUACGAUUUAAUCCCAACUUUUACAAAAAUGGCAAAGUCUGCUUGAGUAUUUUAGGAACAUGGCUUGGACCGCAAUGGAAGCCGACACAAACUUUAUCCAGUGUUCUUAUGUCAAUACAAUCACUAAUGAAUGCAAGACCAUAUCAUAACGAACCAGGAUACGAAAAUGAACGUCGUCAAGGUGAUAGUCAUCGAUACAACGAAUGUAUUCGACAUGAAACACUACGAGUAGCAGUUUGCGAUAUGAUGGAAGAAAAAGUUGAUUGCCCUACUCAACUAAGAAAUGUUAUGAUAGAAAAUUUUAAACUAUUCUACCCGCAAUAUAACUCUUUGGCAAGCGAUCGUAUAUGUUUAGAUGGCUCUCAAAUGCAGGACCCAUUUAUGCAAAAUACUGGAACUUUCAAUUAUCAAAAAAUUUUGUCUCGCCUUACAAAUUUAAACGCAACGUACCAGUGA